UCCUUGGAUCUUUAAAACCCCAUUUUACAGAGGUUGAUUUUGCAGCAACACUUAUUCGUUUUAGUUUUGUGCGCUUUGCUGUCUGUUUAUCCUGACGCAUCAAUUCAGUGCAUUUUCCAGCAGAGAUCGCAGGCUGGGACGAUGACGGCUCGAGUGUGUUUCUCGUUGACUGCUGUUUUUUUGUGUCUGUUCGGAUACUUGAGCAUAACUCAUGCUAUUCAAAGACGAACCACAGUGGACGGUUUCUGUCCGGCGAGGCUGACGGUCGUGCCGUCCCAUCGAGGGUGUUCCUCUGAUGAAGACUGCCCUGGAGGGCACAAAUGCUGUCGAUUUGACUGUGGGCCUGUUUGCGUGCUGCCCGUUUUCAUGAAGCCGGGUCAGUGUCCCAUACCGGAAAUGAUUCCACUGUGUGCUAAAAGCUGUUUCCAUGAUGGCCAGUGUCCUGACACACAGAAAUGUUGCCCAACCACCGGUGGCUUUGCAUGCAGUGAACCACGUGGUCAGGAAAGAGGUCAGGCAAGUUGUCAAGGAAGCGGCUCUGGUCAGGGCGCCGGACAGGGAAGCGGUUAUGGCCAGGGCGCCGGAGCGGGACAGGGAAGCGGUUAUGGCCAGGGCGCCGGAGCGGGACAGGGUAGCGGCAUUGGUUUGGGCCAGGGAAGCGGUUAUGGGCGCCGGAGCGGGACAGGGUAG